AGGUACUAACCACAACUACCAACAUAACCAUAUCCCGUGUGACCUUUUAAGAACUGUAUGAUGGUGUUUGUAUUACGAUAUUCAGCUUAGUUUUGGUGAAAAUUUAUAAUGCGUAUUGAAACGUGUUAUUUUUGUUCAUCCCGUAUAUUUCCUGGGCACGGGAUUCACUUCGUAAGGAAUGACUGCAAAGUAUUUAAAUUUUGUCGACCCAAAUGUCACAGAGCUUUCAAAAAGAAGAAGAAUCCCAGGAAAGUAAAGUGGACGAAAGCUUUUCGGAAAACAGCAGGAAAAGAGCUUGCUGUUGAUCCAUCAUUUGAGUUUGAGAAGCGUCGUCAUGUUCCAGUAAAAUAUGACAGGGAGAUGUGGGCAAAAUCUGUGGAUGCCAUGAAACGUGUGGAGAAAAUUCGCCAACGCCGACAAGCCCAGUAUAUGAUGCAACGAUUACGUAAAGGCAGAGAACUGGAAACACAACGUGACAUCAAGGAAGUCCAAAGAGAUUUAGCAUUGAUCCGGUCACCAGCAGCUGGUUUAAAAGAACGAAGAGCAAUGGAGGAGUCCAUUGUUGAAGAAAUUCAUGAGUCUGAUGUGGAAAUGAAGGAACAAGCAGAAUAAAGUUGUUUACAUUA